AUGGAAGGAGGUUUGCGGCCGGAGACUCCGCAUCGGCCGCCGCCGCAGGAGGCGGACGUAGGUUGCGACGGUGAGUUGAAUCGCUCGAGGUCGGAUGCGUCGUCUCUGUCUGGAGAGAAUUGCAGAGCUGUUGUUCGCAUCUCGUCGGAUACGACGCCGGUUGAUGGCACCGCAUGGACGAAUGAGAAGCACAAUUUGUAUCUCCACCAUUUGGAAUUGUCAUUUGUUAAACAGCUCCAUUACUCAAAGGCUUUAGAAGCACAGUGCUCAGAUCAGAACCAGGGAGACUCGAAUAUAUCACAUAAAUGGUUAACUCACGUGAAAAAUGCUCCUGAACAGUUUAAGGUUUUACAGAAGGGCUGCUGGCAAAAGAUUAACCACGUCAAGGGUGAGCCUCUUUCUGGUAGUUCUCCUGCUGAUUUGCUCACCUCUCUUAAGAGUAAACAGGUUUACAAUUUCAAGCACAUGCGCAACAAUUUCUGUCUGCCAUCAGCUAAAAUGGCUGAUUCUCUCGAGGGUUGGACUGCACUGAAACACGUCGAAGGGACAAAAUCUCAUAGAUUAAUGACAUUUUCACAGGAAUGUUCCUCCAGUGAUCCAUACCUUGGGGAUUUAUUUGACCUACAGAAAGGUGAUUUAGCUCAACCUUGUUGA